AUGAAUACAUUUAUUAUCCAUUAGAAAUAAGGCAUAUUUUAACACGUUCACUGUGGUAUGGUGCUGCGUAUACAUCUAGUAUCGUAUUUUGUUCCAUACGUUCCAAGUCGCGUUGCAUUCAACAAAAUUAUACUACCCGUACUACUAAAAAUUAAAAACCAUGGAAAAAGUUAUCGCGGUGGACAGAUUACAGCUGAUAUUUUAUUUAUACAAAGUAUAUUACAAAUUAUUAAGUAAUUCGUAAUUUAUAGAAAAAUUCAUUAAAGAUUCGUCCCUGUUAAUUAUACGACUGGACUCAUACAAAUCAUACGUAUAUAGCUUUAGAGUAAUUACAGACAAAUUGUAUACCGACUGCGAGUUAAAUGUUCUCAUGAAUCGUAAUUGAUCGUGUAUCGGUAUCUUAUUUUACGAUAAAAAAAUAACUGAAAAAAAAACGGUAGGUAAGUUUAACACGUUCACGCUAACUUUCUAUUUUUUAUAUUUACCAUCGGAUACCACGACACAAGUGAUUGGGUAAAUGUACCAAUGGUUGAUAUUGUUAUGUACAAUUUGUAAGCGCUUUUGUACCGUUGACUUUAUUUAUUGGAAAUGUAUGCGAACGUUUACACUAUUGGAUUAAGUUUGUAUGACGUGUCAGCUAAUUUUGAUAAACGUAUUUCGCGAGAUAAUGAUAGAGCAGUUGAAAAAAUGAAUGAAAAAAUUCAAGUUUAAUUGAAGAUCACUCAAAUGAGUACACAUAAAUAUCUCUGUUGUUUAUGAAUUUAUGAAAAUGCUGUUCAGGAGAAAGUUAAAAAAUUCUUUGUGUCACUUGAAACAAGUUUUCGAUGUAUUUAUAAACAGCCAAGAUGUUUAGGUAUUCUCAAUUAAAUAAUCCACCCUAUGUAAUUUUUUCAAUUGUUUUAGUCUAUAAUCUAGAUAUUUUUAUUAAUAAAUAAUAAAUAGGUCUUUUAAGAAUAUCAAAACUUCAAAAGGAUAUUUAUAUGUAAUAUACAUAUAUAUAUAUAUAUAUAUAUAUACAAAAUUUUAAUUGCAAUACUUUUUUUAUACUUCAAAUUGUCUUGAAGUAAACAUGUCUGUCGAGCAGCUAUUAAAAGUGCAUUUAUCGUUUUGUGUUUGAGUCAUGAGCAACUUAGAAACUCAUGUGUCAAGAAAAAACUGUAAUAAAGAUUUGAAUUUUAGACCAAGUUUCUGUAUUCUUAAACAACAUUAUUACUUAUAGCAGUAUUUCUAUAGCUUAUAUACGAAAGGUAUGCGUAAGUAUCAAUUUACAUACGAUUUAUAAUUACUAUUGCACAGGAUAAUCCAUACUGUACCAUAAAUAUACAUAUAAUAUGGAGCUCAAGCGGACAAUAGAAGUGUAUAGUGGCAAAGAAAAAUAUAAAACCGACCAUGAUUCUAAUUAUUUUUGGAAGAUUUUAAUUUUGGUAGUACUCGUCGCUUUAAUAUUGAUAAUUCUAUUUACAUUAUGUUACUGCUAUAUAUUUGGAAAAAUCAUUUCUUCUUGCAAAAGGUUUGAUACUGUUUUAUUUACGCGUAUACGAUAUAAAUUUCUUUGAUCAUACUUAUAUUCGUAUUCAGUUCUUGGUUCUUGGUACAAUGCUAAACUUACGUUAACAAAGGUGUCUUACACGGCGAAAUAAGAAAAGUAAUAUCGAUGAUAAUUUUUUUAUAAUGGAAGAAACUGGCAGCGAUACUAGUGUGAAACGACGGUUCUUAUGGCCUAAUGCGUCUAACAUUUCAACAUUUUGCGGAAAUAAGUAUUGCAAAUUAAAGACCAUUUUACCGGUAUUAUCGUCAACUUUAAAAUAUAAUUAAUUGCGAUUAUUCGGUGUUUAUUAAGCUAUUUAUUUGCGUACGUUUACGAUUAGGAAAAGAAACAGUUGCUCGCGUCUUGUGAAAAUAAAACUGUAACUUCCUGUUACGAUACUUCCAAUAAUAAUGUAGAUUUGACAAAGCGAUUGUCAUUGAAAAUGUCUUUCUCAUCUUUUUCAUCGCAUGUUACUAAGAGCAAAGGUAUGCAUAGUCAAACAUUAAAUAAAUGGGAUAUCAAAGACUUGGAAAAUUAUGAAUGCAACGAACAUAAAACUCGGAAUAUAAAACAUUUUACUCGAAACUCGCGCAAGAUUGACAAAGAUAUUUGCUUUUCUGACACAGACCUGCAGUUUCUAAUAAUACCGAUAUCUUCGAAAAAGUCUAAUGUAAUAAAACAUGACAGUAAAGUAGAAUUAUGUAAAUGGAAUUCAGAAGAUAUUAAUGAUUUUUACGAUGAACGAAAUAAUACCAGUUCCAAAUUGCUAGAGUUCAAGUUUCAUAAUACAGAUUCGUACAGCGAUAACACACAAACACAUGAAAUUUCUAAUUCUAAAUCAAAUUGUUCACCUCGUUCUUUCGUAUCCAAAAACUUGGCAUCCGAUUCAAAAUACUUGACAGAUUCUGUUGCAAAUAGGUUUGAUAAUUUACCCAAUAUAUACCUUACGAAACUACAAAGGUUAACUAAUUCCUCUGCUAGUUCUACGGUACCAGACAUAUCUAGCAUAAAUGAAAUCAAAACUGAGCAUCCACGAGCUGAUACAUCGAAUAUAAAAAGUGAUCGACUAGUAUCACACAUAAAAUUCGAAAAAAAUAAUUCCAAGUAUUUCCCAACGAAUAGAGAUAAUAUAACUGCAAUAGUCGAACUGAAUGUAAUAAAAUCAAAGAUAAGAUUAGAUGGGUAUGUUGGACAGUUUGAAAAAAUGAAGAGAACAAAGUCAUCCAUGGAUAUACGAUUGAAUCACUUUAAAGAGAACUGGCCAAGCAUAGAAGAUCAAUUGGAAAAUUCCCGAAGGAAAUCUAAAUCGGACGAAAAUUUUGUUCAUAAGAAUGCGUUAUAUGGAACGAGAAACGACAAUACUAAAUAUUAUUUUGUUUCUCAAGAUAUUUCUUCGGAACCCGAAAAGAUAGUUUAUAAUAAUCAAGGUGUUUAUGAAUCAGCGACAUUCAAUUCAGAGGCAAGUGAAAUUUGCGAUGAAUUAGGAAUACUGUUUUCCCAAUAUAUCAAACUUGAAGCUCAACCGUGUGUAAGGAAGUAUUGUCCUAUAUCGCGACGUUUAAAACAACGGGUUCGACACAGUAUAAAAAAAUGUCAAACGAAAUCCAAUUACCAUCAAAUAUAUCCUUACGAUCAAAGACCGGCGUGUAAUAGCGGAAACGUAUGCGCAGACACAUACGACGAAUUAAAAUUAAUGCAUACCUCGCCAUCGGAGAGAACAAAUAUUUACCGAUGCAUGUUCAAUAGAAGAAAACGGUUCUUAAAUCAGCCGUGUACCUUGUCCAAUCAAAAUUUGCCAGGAUCUAUAUAAUAGCGUAACAGAAUCCAAUACCUGUCUCAGAUUAUUUUCUUUCAAAACAUAUAUUUUAAUCGUUUCACUUAUAAUUUUAUAUUGUAAUAAUUAAGUAAAUAA